UUGAUAGAGCCAUAGAUUUCAUGACAACGAGGGACAAAAAACUCAACAGGUUGGCCACUGCAUCAGCGCAUGCGAACUGGAAUUGGAAAGUGAACGUCACAGAUUAUAACCGCAUAAAAAAGACAAAUGCUUCAAAAUUAUUCACAAAAUAUUCCAGAAAGACAUAUCUUGCUGCUAUGGGUUUUCCCUGGAAGUCUUACAAAGGAAUAAACGCUACUUUGUUCCGAUGGUUCCAGCUGGCAGCCAAGGGACAGGGAGGCCUUGAUAUGUCAGGUUUAUACGCCUCAAGCAAAGCAAGUCCAUAUUCGAAAAUGGCGGAAAUUUUCAGCAAGGCCAAAAUUUGCUCUCUUUCAGGAAAAUGCGACAUAGCCGUUAAUGACGUUUCAAAGGUUUUCGCAGAUACUAGAGAUCCUAAAGAAUUGAAACAUUACUGGUUGGAAUUCAGAAAAGCCACCGGGGAAAAAUACAGAGACCUUUUCUUGGAAGCUAUAAAGAAAGACAAUAAAGCAGCUGCCCGUUUUGGUUUCCCAACAAGGGCAAGACUUAACAUAGCUCGAUAUGAAGAUAAAAAUUUUCUUAGAAAUAUGGCCCUGGAAAUGAGGAAGAUUCUACCAUUCUAUAAACAAAUACACGCAUAUAUAAGAAAGAAAUUGAGGAAAUAUUACAAAAAUGAAAAUAUCCAGUGGGAUGGACCUAUUCCUGCUCAUCUGCUAGGUGAUAUGUAUGCUCAAAAGUGGAGUCAUAUCUUUCGUAUUGUGAAGCCGUAUCCGAAAAGCAGUGGUCUUCCGAAUGUAACCAGAGCUAUGCGAAAAAAGAAAAUGGAGCAGAUUGAUAUGUUUAUGAUGGCGGAGAAAUUUUUUACCUCACUCGGGAUGAAGAAAAUGACUCCCCAAUUUUGGCACUACUCUCUGAUGAAAAAGCCAGAGGAUCGAGUCAUUGAUUGCCAUGCUUCAGCCCAUAACUUCAAUGACGGAAAAGAUUUCAGGAUCAAAAUGUGUCCUAAAGUGGAUGUCCAGGAUCUGCAAGUUAUCCACCAUGAAAUGGGUCACAUCGAAUAUUACAUGCAUUAUAAUCAUCUUCCAUUUCUGUUUCGCGCUGCUCCAAAUCCAGGUUUUCAUGAAGCUAUUGGCGAUGCCAUAGUACUGUCUUUCUUUACUCCUAGUUACUUGAGGCAAGUUGGUCUUCUGAAAAGAAAGCCUUUGAGAAAAGACUAUGCAUUUACAAUUAACUAUCUACUAGAUAUGGCUUUGAAGUACGCUGUAUCGGUCCCUUAUGACUACAUUAUAGAUCACUGGAGAAAUAAAGUAUACGAAGGGAUUAUUAAAGAUACUGAAUUAAACGGAAAAUAUUGGGAUUAUAGACUGCGAUUUCAGGGUGUAUGUCCACCUUCAAAAAGAACAGAGAAGAAUUUCGAUAUUGGAGCAAAAUGGCAUAUUGCAGGAGGCGUGGAGUAUUUCAGAUACUACGUUGCAAACAUAUUCCAAUUUCAAAUGUACAAAAUUCUCUGCGUGGAAGCAGGUCACAAGGGACCUCUGCAUCAAUGCAACCUUUACAGAAGUAAAAAAGCUGGACUAGCUUUAGCGAAUUUUCUGAGUAAAGGAAGGUCAAGAAAUUGGAAAAUAUUGUUACAUUCAUUCUCACGAGGAGCAUACAGAAAAAUAGAUGCUUCUGCAAUGUUGGAAUAUUUCGAUCCUCUAAUAAAAUGGUUGAAGAAAAAGAAUGUGAAUGAACACAUUGGAUGGAGAAGUGAUGAUCCGAUGUCGUGUCCUGGAUAUGAAGAAUCCACAGAUGAUGACAGCGCCACCACAGUUCCUGUUACAACUGAGGCAACAGAUAAAGAUGUAACAGAUAUUUAUACCUCAGAUACUGGCACAACUACAACCCACAACAAUAGUUUUACAUAGGAUAUAUAGGUGUUAGGAUAUCCAGUUUAAUUCUGUUCAAAAGAUAAUUGGCUGACACAUGAAGGGCAAACAGUGCAACAUGCAUUAUUUUUAAUUUUACCUGGCAAUGUUUAUUUAUUCGAGAUUAUUGAGUAUUCUAUACUUAAUUCUUUCAAAAUU